AUGCGAGUAUUCGGCUGUCAGACAUUUAUACUGACUCCUAAAGAGAAUCGACUCAAGUGGGAUCCAAAGGCUCGCGCUGGCAUAUUCGUGGGCUACGAAGAAGUGUCCAAGGCAUAUCGUGUAUUUGACAUUGAGGCGGGGCAGGUGGUUAUCAGCCGCGAUGUCAACUUCGACGAGUCCACCUUUGGACUUCAACUGCCGAUCACUGAUGAAGAUGUCGAUGACCUGGACUUCGAAUUGCUGGAUCUUGAUGACGAAGAGCUGCGUCAAAUGGAGUAUCAGCAAACUGGCAAGCGCAAGAAUCGACUCAAUGAGGAAGAUACAGCAGCUCCACGACCGCGUGCAGUGCGUCAACGACCAGGACUAGAAGAGUCAAGCGCGCCGGAAAACAACUCGUCACGACAAGAAGAAGACGAAGAAACGAAGGAUUCUGGUGAUUCAACACCGCCUGUGUUUUGGCGUGCGAGUGCAAAUGCCGUUGAAGCAGCAGUGGACUUAUCAGAACCCUCAACAUUUGAAGCAGCAGUAAGCGGCCCUGACCAAGUGCACUGGAGAAAAGCAAUUCAUGCAGAGCUCGAGUCAAUGCGACUUCGCGGUGUGUUUCGUGCAGCCAAGCUGCCCAACGGACAACGCGCCAUUGGCACAAAAUGGGUGUUCAAGAUCAAGCGCAAGGCGGAUGGGUCAAUCGAGAAGUACAAGGCACGACUUGUGGCCAAGGGUUUCCGCCAAAAGUAUGGCAUCGACUACACGGAGACGUUUUCGCCUGUGGUCAAGUAUGUGACGCUGCGAAUGGUGAUCGCAAUUUCCAAGCAUUUUGGAUGGCCCAUCGACCAGCUUGAUGUGGUGACAGCUUUCCUGUAUGGCGUCAUGAAGGAACAAGUGUUCUGCGUGAUUCCUGAAGGCGUCGAACUUGACAGUACGUUCGACUGCCUGGAAUUGGUGAAGUCAAUUUACGGCCUCAAGCAAGCGUCGCGAGUGUGGAACGAGACGUUCGACGAGUAUGUGUGCUCCAUCGGAUUUCAAGUAUCGGACUUCGACCCAUGUCUCUACAUCAAGACUUCGGACGGCCAUUGCGUGUUUAUACUGGUCUACGUGGACGACGUCUUGGUGACUGGAAGCUCGCUCGAGCUGAUUGCACAAACCAAGAACGACCUGAAGACGCGGUUCGAAAUGACGGACAGCGGCAAGUGUGCGUUUGUUCUUGGGAUCGAGCUUUUGGACGGUGAAGAUGGCAGUGUGACACUAUGUCAGCGUCGGUAUGUCGAUGAUAUCCUCAAGCGCUUUGGCAUGGAUGAUUGCAAGUCCAGUCGACAUGAGCUCUCGACUUGUUUCAAGUGA